UCUUUCUCCUUCCUCCCUCUUUUGUUCAGAGCAAUCAGAGAUUGAAAGGUUGAUAGAGACAGAGGAGGGGAGAGAGAAAGGAAGAAAAAGCCCUUUGGUUUGAAUUAGUGACCAGAGGUCUAACUGUUGCAGGAAGGAUAGGAUAAAACAAUUCAUCAAUAUUCAAACGAUGCCAAUUUUGAGGAUUGAUCGCACUCUCCUUCCUGGACAUAGGGUUUCGCAGCUUUCGCGUGGGAGAUCUCUGUUGCGGCGCUUGUAAAUGCAUACUUGUAGAUUUGUUCCGUCUUGGAUCUGCCAUCUUUUUGCCUGCAUGGGAGGUUGUUUUGGAUGCUGUACUAAACCCCCGCUGAUUAUUGCGGUGGAUGGACCAUCAAAAGGACUGCAAAUUCAAGGCCGAAAGGUUAAAAAAUCCAGCGUAUCAGAGGAUUUCUGGAGCACUAGUGCAGGUGACAUGGACAAUAGUGCAGUACAGCCCCAGCAAAGUAUCUCACCAAUAAGCACAUCAAACCAGCCCCAUGAUGCUGCUGGCAGCUCAAGCAAUCCUUCUGAAUUUGUAAAUCACGGUCUUCUUCUCUGGAACCAAACAAGGCAGCAAUGGCUUGGAAACAAAAAAGCUAAGGAGUGGUCACAAGUUCGAGAGCCCACGAUAAGUUGGAAUGCGACUUAUGAGAGUUUACUUGGGACUAGCAAGCCUUUCCCUCACCCUGCCCCUCUUCCUGAAAUGGUGGAUUUUCUAGUCGACGUUUGGGAGCAAGGUGGCUUGUAUGACUGAACAAAGUGAAUCCUGGAAAGCUCUUUAGAACUCUUUUUCUUCGUUCUGUUUGACCUCAGACGAGGCUUUGUUUCUGCAUAGGAUUGCAAUUGUUUAUAUCACAAGUUAUAUUAUACCCAGGAGACAUGCAUUAUUGUGGAAUCCUUGGUUUGAACUUUGAUGGUCAUCUUUCAUCCAAGAACCGUACCAGGCCCGAGAAGUGUUGAAGAAUGUGAAAACCAACAGCUUAAACCAAAUGGGCCAGAGAAGUGGAUAUGGAUGUUCUAUCUAAAGCUGGCCCAUGAACUGAUGGACAAAGGGGCAUAUUUUCCACACAACACGAAGUCACAAAUGCGUGUGAAUUAUGUGGUAGUAAUUUUUAGGCAGAGUCUUCCAAACAGUAAUCCUCAGAUCAAAAUCUAACUUGUAUUGAAUUUUUGACA